AUGCAACAGCCGUACAUCAAUCUGAGAUACUUCUCUAAUGAACUGGAUCUAGUGGUGCUCCGUCAAGGGGUGCGCUUUGUUGAUAGAAUCUUGAUGAACGGAAAUAGUUUCAAGGGCAUCACUGGACCGGAGUACCCUUCCUCAUGCAGUGUAGAUCUAACGAGGCAAUGCAUCGGGCUAUCCUGGAACGAUGUCAGACAGGAUAUCGUCAGUUCUACCCUUGGCCCUGAUAAACAGCGAAGACGGAAGUGCCAAGGAGCAGCUUGGCUGACCAUGUACCUGUCGGCUGUCCAAGAGCAUCGACCAAAGUGUGGUCGACCUGCACCCGGAACCUUCACGUUAUCGACACGUCUGUUUUCCCGGUGA